GCCAUCUGUAUCCGUUCCUUCUGCGGGACUACAAUUUCCAGGACUAAGAAACGUAGUCCGAUGUUUAUGCGUAAUUUUUUUAUCUGAACUUUAUACGUUCACACAGCCUAAGAAGAGGAACUGAUUGUUUAUAAAUUUUUAUUGGAGUUUUCUUAAUUAAUUCACGGAAAAAUUGUUUUAAAAAAUUCCAGACGGCAGCGCAUGAAUAUUUAUAGUCUAUGUCUGGCAACCUAUAGAAAUUAAAAAUAUGAAGUUAGCCCUACUCGUCUUAUUUUCCUUGGCAAAUAGUCUUUUUGCUAUAAAAUGUAGAUGCAAAGGAAGAUACGGUUUUCCAGCUAAUGGCCAAAAUUGCAAAGGAGACACUUGCGAAAUAGAGGAUGGAUUUUGCUAUAAAAGCAUUUAUAGAGCUCAACCGACAGAAACCCACUAUGAAAAUAUCAUUAAAAUUUAUGGUAAAGAAUACGAAAAUUAUGGUUGCCAAAAGAAUCAUAUUGGCAUGAUAAUUGGUGAAUACUGCAACACUGUGAGUUUUAAGGCAGAUAAAAGAGUUAGUAAAUGCUGUGCAACAGAAGAUUUCUGCAAUGAUAAAAUAGAGAUAAAACUUCGAGACAUCAAUACUACACCAAAGCCAACGGAAAAUAGCGAGAGUUUUCCGAUUUACAUUGUUAUCAUAGCCAUUGCCGUUGCUUUUGGUGCAGCCGUAAUCUCUAUUGCCAUAGUCAAAGUAUUGCAGUGUAGAUUUAAGAAUAGUAAGAACGUGAAGAUAAAAGAAGUCGAUCAAGAGCAGACUUUAAUACCUGAUACCCCAGAUACUUUGGCAGAAAUGAUGACUGAAAGUGGUAGUGGAUCAGGUCUUCCAUUACUUGUUCAAAGAACAUUUUCUAGACAAAUCACAUUAAUUCAAUGUAUUGGUAAGGGAAAGUUUGGUGAGGUUUACAAGGGGACGUGGAGAUCGGACGAUGUUGCUGUUAAGAUAUUUUCAAGUAGAGAUGAAGUCUCAUGGAGAAGAGAGACUGAAAUAUAUCGCUCUAAUCUGAUAAGGCACGAAAAUAUACUUGGAUUUAUCGCCAGUGAUAAUAAAGAUACUGGAACUGUUACCCAACUCUGGCUUGUCACGGAAUACCAUAGUCUGGGAUCUCUUUUCGAUGUUCUUCAGAAUCAAACUGUCACAAAAGAGGAUAUGUUCUAUAUGGCUCUUUCUUCUACAAACGGACUUAUGCAUUUGCAUAUGGAAAUCGAAUCAAUGGGAGAUAAAGAAUAUAGGAAACCGGCUAUUGCUCAUAGAGAUAUUAAGUCAAGAAAUAUAUUAGUGAAGAAAGAUGGAAGAACCUGCUGUAUUGCCGAUUUGGGUCUUGCUGUGACAUAUGAUAGUCAAACCAAAAAUGUAAACAUACCCCCACAAGGUUGUCGAGUUGGCACAAAGCGUUACAUGGCUCCAGAGCUGCUGGAAGACAGCUUUAAUCAUACAAAUUUCGAUUGCUUUCGACAAGCUGAUAUUUACUCGCUUGCAUUAGUAUUUUGGGAGUUGAUUUCUAGAAUGGAUGAUGAUGGUUUUGUUUUUCACAAAAAGCAUGAACUGCCAUACUACGAUUCCGUUCAAAGUGACCCUCCUAUCGAGGAGAUGAAACAUACCGUGUGCACAUUAAAUAAACGACCCAACUUUAGUGAAAGGUGGAAGAGUGACUUUGCUCUCCGAAAAUUCACAGAUCUCGUCAGUGAAUGUUGGCACAAGAAUUCCGGUGCAAGACUAUCAGCUUUAAGAAUAAAAAAGACUCUACUUACAAUUCUCGAAACGUUUCAAAACUCAAAAACUGAAAAGAAAGAAGUAAAUACAAUAAAUUCAUGUGAAAAAUCGGACCAUAAAGUGAAUUUUUUGUUUCUUUAAUUUUAACAUGAAUAACAUAUAUAUAUAAAUAUAUAUUUAAAAUGGUAUUAAACAAAGUCAAGUUGUUAAAUUAUGUUGCUAUAUUUUGUUAUUAUUUUUACGUAAUAGAUAUGUUUAUGCAUAUGUAACUAUGAAAUGUUUCUCCUUUUUUUUUUGACUUUUAGACUAAAUACUAUGAAUAAAUAAUGGCUUUUUUAAAUAUAUAGCAAUUCUAC